AUGAGAUAAUAUCAACAUGAGGAGUCUGAGAAAUUCAGUGAGCUCUAAGACAAUAAAAUCUAUCAAUGCAUGAAUACUCAAGUAAAAUACCUUGCCUACUCCUACGUUUUAUUCUCAGUCUCUGAUGUCAUUUUACUUUUUGUUGGAAAUGUCAUUCAUUCAUAGGGAGAAAUAUUUAUAUGCACCAAAAGUUGGUAUAUGAUGAGUGAAUCGCCAGAAGGCUCAGUUUUUAUUCUUGUUGACUACAUAUUCCUCUAUUUAUUCUCAAUCCUCAUCUGGUUUAUCUUCUAUAGACUACCAGAUAAAUAUGGAUUACUUGGUCACACACAAGCGCAAGAUCUCAAAAUGUCAAGUUCAACUGAGGGAUCAAUAAAUACUUCAAGUAAAGAAAAUAAAAGAAAUAAUAGUUAAGUAAUUGUGGAUUUUAUGAGAAUGAGUCAAGAUUUCGAUAAUACUCCUUUGAUAAAUAACGUCAACGUGAAAUAAAGAAAAUCAUCAGUUUAGCUAUAAUAGAGCACUCUUAUCCAAGAUGAUGGACUUCACAAAACCUUAGUCUAAAGACAUUAAAAUUAGCUCUCAAUAAGACUUACCAGCCCCCAAAAACAUAAUUUUAGAGCCACUUAGAUACCUUCUCAUCAGCUUAGUAGCAAUCAAAAUUUAAUAAGUAGUACUACUACAGCGGGAUUUGUCUCUGUAUACAAUCCUACAGCUGGACUAAUUGAGGAUAAUUCAAAAUCUGUUGUAAACAAAAGAAAGAAGAGGUAAAAUAUUUUUAUGCAAACUGAAAACAAGGGAAGUAUGCUUUCGCACAAUAGAAAGACUUCUCCGUAUAGAGAUGUUGAAUGA